AGAUGCGCGAGUUCAAGGUAGUCGUCCUCGGCUCGGGCGGGGUAGGCAAGAGUGCACUCACCGUGCAAUUUGUUUCGGGAUGUUUUAUGGAAAAAUAUGAUCCGACGAUCGAGGACUUUUAUCGUAAAGAAAUCGAAGUGGACAACUCGCCGUGUGUACUUGAAAUCCUUGAUACCGCCGGUACCGAACAAUUCGCGAGUAUGCGCGAUCUUUAUAUAAAGAACGGCCAGGGGUUCGUCGUGGUUUACAGUCUGACGAAAUCAUCAACUUUCCAGGAUAUAAGGGCAAUGAAGGAAUUGAUAACACGCGUCAAAGGUACCGAAAGGGUACCGGUGUUACUGUUCAAUAAACUGGAUCUUGAGCAUCACCGUGAAGUGGAUACAGCCGAAGUAAUCUUGGCUCACCUAUGGGGCUGCCCGUUUGUCGAAGCUUCUGCGAAGAAUCGUACAAACGUGAACGACGUAUUUGCGGAAAUUGUACGCGAGAUGAACUUCAGCCCUGAGAAAGAGAAGAAGAGCUACUGCUGUUGCAGCGUCCUCUAAUAAUUAAUCAAAAUCUUCAACCAGGGCUAACCAGAGCCGUGUUAGGUAAAAGAAACGUAUAGUGGCUGACACGGAGCUGCAUUAGAUGCAAGUUUUAAACCGUCUAAUGACAGCGCUCUCGCUUUCUUAAGCUCAACCUGGAGCUUGUGCUGUGAAUUCGCCAAUCUUAAGACUAAUAUUAUGAUGCGUAUCCUGGAUUUUUGUGAAUUCAAAUAUGUCAAAGACCUCGUGCCGUCUCUGGGUCUUUUUCUAUUGGAAAA